GCGCGUUGGGCGCGCGGUCCCGAGUGAAAGAAGGAGGGGCAGAGGGGGUGACGGUGCGGGAGCCGCUGCAACCACCGGGGCGACAGUCGGCAGCCCGGGCCGGAGGAGAAGGUGGGCCAGAGGCCAGGUCAGCUGCCCGGACCCCCCCGCCUCAGCCCCAGACGCGAGCAGCAGCGGUUUCUGGCUAAGUGGGGAGGCACUGCCAAGCCCCAGGAGGGGAAGAUGUUCAACGUGGAGUCGGUGGAGCGGGUGGAGCUGUGCGAAAGCCUUCUCACUUGGAUCCGGACAUUUAAUGUAGAUGCAUCAUGCCAGACUGUGGAAGAUUUAACGAAUGGGGUUGUGAUGGCCCAGGUUCUUCAAAAGAUAGAUCCUGCAUAUUUUGAUGAAAAUUGGCUAAACAGAAUCAAAACCGAAGUAGGAGAUAAUUGGAGGCUAAAGAUAAGCAAUUUAAAGAAAAUUUUAAAAGGAAUCCUGGAUUACAAUCAUGAGGUUUUAGGACAGCAAAUUAAUGACUUUACCCUUCCUGAUGUGAACCUUAUUGGGGAACAUUCUGAUGCUGCAGAACUUGGCAGGAUGCUUCAACUCAUUUUAGGCUGUGCUGUGAACUGUGAACAGAAGCAAGAGUACAUCCAAGCCAUUAUGAUGAUGGAAGAAUCUGUUCAACAUGUUGUCAUGACAGCCAUUCAAGAGCUAAUGAGUAAAGAAUCUCCUGUCUCUGUUGGAAAUGAUGCCUAUGUUGACCUUGAUCGCCAGUUGAAGAAAACUACAGAGGAAUUAAAUGAAGCUUUGUCAGCAAAAGAAGAAAUUGCUCAAAGAUGCCAUGAAUUGGAUAUGCAGGUUGCAGCAUUGCAAGAGGAGAAAAGUAGUUUGUUGGCAGAGAAUCAGAUAUUAAUGGAAAGACUCAAUCAGUCUGAUUCUAUUGAAGAUCCUAAUAGCCCAGCAGGGAGAAGGCAUCUGCAGCUCCAAACUCAGUUAGAGCAACUCCAAGAAGAAACAUUCAGACUAGAAGCUGCCAAAGAUGAUUAUCGAAUACGAUGUGAAGAGUUGGAAAAGGAAAUCUCUGAACUUCGGCAACAGAAUGAUGAACUAACCACUUUGGCUGAUGAAGCCCAGUCUCUAAAAGAUGAAAUAGAUGUUCUCAGACAUUCUUCUGAUAAAGUGGCUAAACUAGAAGGCCAAGUGGAAUCAUAUAAAAAGAAGCUAGAAGAUCUUGGUGAUUUGAGGCGGCAGGUUAAACUCUUAGAAGAGAAGAAUACUAUGUAUAUGCAGAACACUGUCAGUCUAGAGGAAGAGUUAAGAAAAGCCAAUGCAGCUCGAAGUCAACUUGAGACUUAUAAGAGACAGGUAGUAGAACUGCAAAAUAGACUGUCUGAAGAAUCAAAGAAAGCAGAUAAAUUAGAUUUUGAAUAUAAGCGGCUAAAAGAAAAAGUUGACAGUCUUCAAAAAGAAAAGGAUAGGUUAAGAACAGAAAGGGAUUCUCUAAAGGAAACUAUUGAAGAGCUUCGUUGUGUACAGGCUCAAGAAGGGCAGCUCACAACCCAAGGGCUAAUGCCUCUGGGAAGUCAGGAGUCCUCAGAUAGUCUGGCAGCAGAGAUUGUUACACCUGAAAUCAGGGAAAAACUUAUUCGUCUUCAACAUGAGAAUAAGAUGUUAAAACUUAACCAAGAGGGUUCAGACAAUGAAAAAAUUGCUUUACUGCAAAGUCUUCUAGAUGAUGCAAAUCUACGCAAGAAUGAAUUGGAGACAGAAAAUAGGCUGGUGAAUCAAAGACUUCUGGAAGUACAGUCACAAGUUGAAGAAUUGCAAAAAUCUUUACAGGAUCAAGGCUCAAAAGCAGAAGAUUCAGUUCUUCUGAAAAAGAAACUUGAAGAACAUCUAGAGAAGCUGCAUGAAGCCAAUAAUGAAUUGCAGAAGAAGAGGGCCAUUAUUGAAGAUCUUGAGCCAAGAUUUAACAACAGCUCAUUAAAAAUUGAAGAAUUACAAGAAGCUUUACGGAAGAAAGAAGAGGAAAUGAAGCAAAUGGAAGAACGAUAUAAAAAAUAUUUAGAGAAAGCCAAAAGUGUUAUCCGUACGUUAGAUCCUAAACAGAAUCAAGGAGCCGCACCAGAAAUACAAGCUCUUAAAAAUCAACUCCAGGAACGGGACCGGCUGUUCCAUUCAUUAGAGAAAGAAUAUGAAAAAACAAAGAGCCAGAGGGAGAUGGAGGAGAAAUAUAUUGUUAGUGCCUGGUACAAUAUGGGAAUGACUCUGCAUAAAAAAGCAGCUGAAGAUAGACUUGCUAGUACAGGUUCAGGCCAGUCAUUUCUGGCUAGGCAAAGACAAGCAACCAGCACGAGAAGAUCUUAUCCGGGCCAUGUUCAACCAGCCACAGCAAGGUAGAGAAGUCUUGCAUUAGAAAUAAAAAACAACCUGCAUUCAAAGCGUACUUCUGUUACAUAAAAAAAUGUUCCAGGAAAUUUGGCCAGCUUAUAUUUUGUCUCCAUUCUAUGUUAAUAUUUAGUUGUUUCUCACUUGAGAACUCUUUCUCCUGUAUCUGUAAUGUUUUGAUUUCUUUGUCCUUUAUUUUGUAGUCCUUUCAGUUCUUUUUCCUGUGCCAAAAUUUUUUAAAUGCCCAGUUAAAAGUGUUGUAAAAUAGUGUAUUACUUUUCUUUGUAUGAAAAUGUCCUUUUCCCCCGUGAUGUAGGCUUUAUAAUGAAUUAAAUUUUCUGCCAGUAAUUGAUAUACAAUUUAUAUUCUUUAUUGUGCCUAUGUGUUACCAUGCUUUAUAAGAAUGUCUUUGUUUAAAGGGAAUUAAUCUUUUUAUGAUGUAUUAAUCUGUGUUUUAAAUUGUUUUCCAAAUGCACUUCAAAUAACUUGCAUAUUUACUGUAUAAAAUGGUUGGCAGGUGCACUUUUUGCAAAGACGUAAAUAUAUUGGCAGAGGUGCUAAUAAAAUCUUACAUAAGGCACCUGGUAGAACUAUUUAAAGGAAAAAAAAUGAGUUUUCACAUUGUUUUAUAGGAAAUAAAAUUUGUCCAAAGAUUUGGAGACUAUUUUUAAAACAUAAAUACAUAGAAUUUCAUUAUUUCCUAGUAUCUUGUGCGCUGGCAGAAAUGAAUGCAUUGGCGAGGUUAUUUGGGAAGAAAUUAUAGAGAAAAACAGGCAGUGUAUUGAUUUUUUCUUGUGUUGGAAUAUCACAGUAACUGAAGAUCAAAUGUCAAAUGUGGCUAACAUUUGUAGCUUCCAUUGCUGUCUACAGCUAAAAGAUUUUUUUUUUUCAUAAAUUUACAAGUAAUAGGUAGCCUUACUUUUUAGGCAAUUUCCUUGUUGACUUGUGCCUCAUUUGUUUUACUUAUUCUUUAAUAUAAAUCCUUCCAUUUCUCAGUAAUUCCUAAUAUUUAACUUUUUAACAUCAGUCAUUAAGAUAAAUAAGUGACUUCUUUUGUGUGUGAUGUUUGAUGGCAGGGCUCUUUCACAUUUUUUCUUAAUUCUAUCCACUAGUCCAGGUAUUUGUUACUGAUUCCCUAGGGUGAUUUGGUUGCCUCACAGUGCUUAUGUUUGUUGGCAAUUGUUAGAAUUUAUUUACAUCAAUGAAGAAUGGCUGCCAAGUAAUGAUUGUAAAGUACUUUGAAUAUAUAUGAGGUGCUAUAUAAAUGUGACAUAUUCAUUUGAAUAUGAAAUGCCUUCUGCCUAAUUUUCCAUAUUAACUUGUUUAAUAAGUAUUUGGUCCCAAAUUAUUUUAGGUUCCUCUCCAGCCUUUUUCUUGCACCACAGCCCAUUUUUUAAAACCAAAAAAAUUCCUGAAAUUUGUUUGUUUGUUUUCAAAGAUAGGUCACCUAAUAAGAGGGUUUCAUUUCAUUCACUUGCUAUUUGGAAGUUCAGGUUUCACUUAGUUCUGUAUAUUAAUGCAAGUAAGUAACUUUAAAUCAAGCUAAAUGUGAUUAAGAAUUUUCAAAAACUAUAUUCAAAAAUUUGAUUUUAAAUCCUUUUAAAUCCCUCCUUUUAAAAUAAGAAUAGUUGACCUUCAAAUUAGUAAUGUUUUCAUUUGUGCUUAGAAACUGCACUUGAAGAAAGGUAUUAGAAUAUACACAAAUGAUUUCAUGCAUUGAGCUAAUUUGUACAAUAAAUACAGAAGUCUGAGUAUAUAAUUUGUACAAUAAAUACAGAAGUCUACUGGUAAGAACAUAAAGCAACAAGUAUUAGCAAUAAUGGAAAGAGCCACCCAAGUAAAACGCAUGUGGGCUUUCAAGACGUCAAGCAGUCAAAGUCAGCAUAUAAAAUUUUGACAACAUAAUAUUUUAAAAUAUUUGUUAAUGAUUCUUAUCCCUAAAUUCUACAAAAGCAUAAGGGGUCAACUGUUUUAAAAACAAAUUAGAGCUUCAACACUAACCUCAGUGAAAUUAAAAUUAUUGGAGAAGUUUACCUGCAGAUUAAGAUGAAUGAAAAUAGGAGUCUAUGAACUUCUUCAUUAAAUGUAUCAUGAUCCAUGAGAAAAGAGGUUUUAAUUUUAUUCUCUAUUUAUUGCCCCUUUUCUGGUCUCCUACCUACCCACCCACCCAGAAAUAUUUCUCUAAAUGAGUCAGAAAGGUGCCAAGCUUUUAGAAGGAGGUUUUACAUCUAAUUUUUCUUCAGCAUCCUACUGCAUGCUUAUACGGUAGACCUAGUCAUGCCAUCAGCAAUGGAAUAAGUACAGUGUUACAGCCUUGGUUGGAGUGAGCCAUCACUACAGUGUCCGAAUUCUUAUAAACAAAAAGCUUAUUUUCUGAUUUCAUUCUAGCCAGGGUAAGAAAAUACAAAGUAAAUAACUAAAAGAAUAUUAAAGCAUUCUAGCAUUUAUGUUCCACAGUAUAUAUUUAAGAAGUUUGUAAUGGAAAAAAAGUCAACAAAUAUAGUCAUUUACCACAUCUAAAAGAGAGAAUAAAUAAUGCAAUUGAAAUAUUUUGAAAGACUUUCAAAAAUUUGAUCAUAUCUUUUUAAUCAUUUGUCUAAUUUACUUGAUAAUAACCAAGGAAAAGAAGUCCCUAAAUACAGGACCCAUGUUCCAAAUUUUAUCAUGUUUGAAUUAUUUCCAUUACAUAUCCCUAGCCUGGUAAAAUUGGCUUAAUGGGAUGAUUAGAUUGUAAUAAAGGUAAUAUGGUAGUCUAAUUUUUUUGAGGUUUCAUUGUUUUGCUUAUAUAAUGAAAGUUAAAUUAUACAAAUUAAGCUAAAUAUUAUCCAGUCAGAAACCUCAGCCUAUUUAUUUCAUUAGUCCUCACAAAUGAAUGAAAAUCCAUGCUGGGUGCGGAUAGAGCAGCAGUAAGGGAUUGUUAAAUAAAAGAUGAGUUGGUUGAAGAAGAGUCACAUUUUAUUUGUGAGCUACUUUACUUAUAUUUCUUUUUCAGUAGCAGUUUGGUUUAUUCUUGUUAAUUAAAUAAUUAUAUGAAAUCUUUUUGAGUGCCUCUCUCUCAGACAAGCAUCAAGCUAUUAUUUUAAAGAUACUACUAUGUUAAAACCUUGAAAAUCUUCAUCUAAAUAUAAGAAUUAUCUUGAAACAAAAUUUAAAUUUUUAAAAUUCUCUUAACUGUCUUAAUUUAAUUUCCAGUUGCCCAAUUUCCAGAAAUGUUACAGUUAUCCCCAGUUGGGACAUGUUAGAUUUGUCUUAUAAAGCACCCAGAACUCACAGCUAGUGGAAACCUAGUUAGUUUACAGCUAUGUGGGUAAGAACAUCUUUGAUUCUAACAUAGUAACAGGAAAGUGCUUGGCAUCUUGGCUUUUGCUAAGGACAAAAUAACAACAUGAAGACAAAAUGCUUUUUUGUUGUCUAUUCAUUAAGCUUUGGAAGAAUAUUCUGACGUUUAGCCUUAUAGUAUGAAGGGACUCUGCAUAGAAAUGACCGUCAAACUGAUGUAGCAUUGCACUUCUGAACAGUGAGGCCUAUGUGCUAUCCUAAAGUGUGAUGAAAGAGUGUACCAAACAAAAUAAAAUGGGAUAUCAGAUUCUUUGAAAAUUAUUUUAGCAUGUUUUUAUUUUUCCCUUUUUAUAAGUUAAAGGGUUUUCCAUUCAAUACAGAUAAUCUCUGUUCCUAUAGUCCCAACUGUCAAAAUGGCAGUUUAUUGUGGUAGUUGUUCAGCCCAGUUUCAUUACAUUUAGAAAGAAGUUUCAGAACUUAUUCUUUGUAACUAUAGUGAUUUGGAUAUUUUAUAUCAUGAAAUUUUUUAUAUGAGGAAGGCUAAUGUCAAUGUAUUUGUCAUCCAAUUUUUUACUUUCUAUAAAGCAUAUUUAAAUAAUAAUUGGUGUAUGUUCCUUUUAUUGAAAAUUUUGAAAAUGUUUUGUCCAAUUUCAGGACAAUAAUGUUCUGAAGUUUUCAGUAAAUACUCUUCAGUUCUCAGAAGCUUAAAAAACAAAAUAAUACACUGGUGACACAGAUAAUUUCUACCCCCAAAUUACAGAAAUAUUAAUAUUUAGCUUCCUUUAUAUAAAAUGAAGGACAGCACAAAUGUGAUGGUGUCCAUCUCUUUUAAAUUUUCAAUUAUGUUCUUGGGAGGUAUGUACUGAUUAUUUUCUUUUUAAACAGACUUCUAUCUAGUUCACAUGUAUUAUCUUUAUGAAUAUAAAAACUUGUGAAACUUAUAUUUAAUGUUGUCCUGAAACAUGAAUAUCCUCAGGUUCUUCACAUUACACUAAAAUGAGAGAGAUGGGAGCAUUCGUUUAUUUUAAGAAACAGAUCUAAGCCUACUUAUGGCAAAUGUAUGAGUUUUUGCAAUUAGGGGUCCAUAAAUGUUUUCUAAUGAUUAUAUAUAAGGAUCAUUUGAUAUCCUUUAUUAUUUUUCUGUUUUCUUAUAUUUUCCAACAAUAUUCUUUAAGAUUAGGCUUGCAUGCUUUAUAUAAAUGAGGACAGAAGUCUAAGAAAGUAACAGAAAUUUGUAAGGGCAAGUCGAUUCCUACAGAGUAGAAUGGAUUUUUGGGAUAAGUGGCCUAAUUAUAAACAGAUAUCCAGGCAGAUGGAAGGAUUAAGACAAUGAAAUCUUACACCACCUUAACAAAUGUUGCUAAAGGUAAUAGUUUAUAUAAAAUCUUCUGUCUUUAAUACUCAGUCGAUAAAAAAGAGUAAACAAAAUUUUUUAUUUUCUAAUUGUCCUUUUCUUCACUAAGCAUUAACUAGGUACACAGUAUUAACUGUGUAUAUUUAUUAGUGGAAGGGAAGGCAUCUAUUUCCAUUUUCAGAAUGUUAACCCAUUACUAAAUCUAUUUUAGCCACUUAAGGAUACUAUGGUUUGAUGAGAUGAAAAGUUAUCUGUGGUGCUUGAAAAUCAUGACAGCUUCUUAUAGUUACCUAGAUCUGCCACUUCAUCUAGUUUCCAACCCUAGGCUGAAACAAAGAUUUGUUUAAAGUGAGGGUGAGAGUAGACUUAAAAAAAAAAAAAAAAAGAAUAUUCAAGGAGAACCUUUAUGUACCUAAUA